AUGUACGAGUGAACUACACUGUUUUGGGCGUUUUGAUUCGCAUGCGCGUGCAAUAAUAACGAAAUCGCGUGCAAUUGUUUGGAAAAACGCCACGCCAUUUUGUCAAAGAAGCCCUCCAUUUCCAUUUCUCGUUGGUUUCGUUUGCACAAGGAUCUACCUCUUGACUUGAAUAUUACUGGAGUGAGGUCAGCAUUGCAUGACUCAAUCGUGGAUAAGCAUACAGUCAUUUCUCUACUGUUGCAUUGGACCUUGCAGUUGUUCUUAGGGCGACCUGAAAACAAACGUAGAACAGAACAAGCACGGUUGUCUUCAAUGAAUGAGCAACAUGUUAAACUAAAGACUUCUCAACCCAGCUUGACAUCCCGGGAGCGGAAGAGUUGGCAGUGAAGAAAAAAGCAAAUGGACAUGUUUGAGCUACAUCGUACUGAAACUACUAUUUCUGAACAGGAGAUGCUGCAGUUUUUUCUUUUAAAGCUUACCUGCAUUCCUACCAUGCUGAGUAGGUUUGGAUGACCAUUAACUGUCAUUAAACCAAUCAAGGGUUCUUUGUCAAGGGCGAUACUCUAAGACUCUUCAUUAAAACUUUGUGUGGUUUGGGAAUUUGAACUCUUGUCUUCUUAACCUCCCACUCCACCACUCCCCAGAAUCUAUAUUCAUGAAAGGCAUGAGUUUGCAACCUCAACAGAAACCAAACGCAAAAAGAACGGGCAAGCGCAUCACUUUCUUUAGCGAUCAGGGUGUGGCGAUGAAAGAGGCCUCUCAGCAUACAGAGCCCUACUAUGGCAUUGGGGUCCCUCCCUCAGGGCCAGGCCAUAAUGACAGGGGAGGUGUGGAAAGCUUGAAUGCAGAAGCACCACAUACGUACCUCAAUUCUGUCAUUUUCAGCCCUGAGAAGAGUGAUCAAAGCCGUGGGCACUACCAACAGAUGAUGCCCAUGAAGUGGUCACACCAAGACCCACCUUUGCAGCUCCAACAGCGACCAAACAAUUGGUCACAGGGUAUGACUGCUUGGUCCCAGAACUUUGGCCCUUACCUGGGGGCUCAGGCUGCUUUUGCAAAGCAGAUGCAUGAGGGCAUGUCAGUACAGCAGCAGCAACCUGAGCCAUCAACUAUUAGGGCAACUGAAAAACAAGUGGCUAACAUAAGUGGAGAGACCUUUAGGGAUACGACCAAAUCUGGCAGAGGCAUGGACUGGGAACAGCAGCAGGCCUUUCAGCAAACACAAAAGCCUGGAAUGUUAAAUCCACAGCAGCACGGACAGUCCAACCCUGGGAAUUCUGUGCUGCAACCCUUUCAGUUAGCUUUCGGACAGCCCAAGCAGAACUUGGUAGCAGGAUACUAUCAGGUAGUUCAGGGAAAUCGGACCUUGCCGAAUUUGAAUUACAGUACACAGACGAAUUCCCAACUACAGCAGCAACUACAGCAACAUGAGCAACAGCAAAAGCUGCAGCGGCAAAUAAUGUUCCAACAGCGACAACAGCUGGAACAGCAGAUACGACAACAGGUGCAGCAGCAGCAGGUACUUCAGCGUCAAAAACAGCCACAACAGAUAUCACAAUCACAGUUGCAGCAACAAGCACGGCAGUUAAAACAUACUCAGCAACAGCAACCGCCACAACAACAUAUGCAACAAAUUCAACCGCAACAAGACUUGGUGCAGCAGCACCAAAAAUCUGAGCAGCCUCUUUUUCAGAACCAGAAUGUAUUGGAAAAUUACUCUGAUUGCCAGCAGCCACAUGCUUCUUCACUUGAUCAGCAUCAGCCCUCAUUACCAGGACAGUCCCAAGAGACAACUGAUCCACCGUCAACACAGACUCAAGACUCCAUUCCUCAGCCUCCCUCAACUAUUCCCCAGCAAUCCAUCGAGACCCAACAGCCUGGGCCCCGGAGAUCACGUCGGCUUUCAAAAGAGGGUGGAGGCCCUGCCUCGGAUAACCCAUUUGUCAUGCCGACUGAUCUCCACACCCAAGGCUCUCAGAAUGGUGCUUCUGAGACUAGUGCGGUGCAAGACAUCCGGGCCGCUCCAACAGGUGUAAUCCAGAGCACACGACGUAAGAGGAGGGUGUCGCAAGAGGUCAACCUGGAAACCUUGGCUCAGAAGGCUUCGGAAAGGGAAUCUCUUCCCUCACGUAGUAUCAAGCAAGAGCCACACAGGCCCUGGAGCCCCCCUGUUGCCCCAACAGGUCCAGGUCGAGGGGCAGCUGAGGUGGAUCAGGUGAGUGCCAAGCGGCCCAGAGAUGACAGCCUCAUGCCAUUGGUCAUUCCGGUCUCUGUGCCAGUGAAGCAGACUGAAUCCUUGUCCCCGGAUCACGAACAAGCCUCCCUCUCAGCUAGUUGGCCUUCACGGCCUUUGAGCACCCAUGACAUGAGCUGCUCUGAUUACAAGACUUCUGUGAUUGUCACUCGACGACGUUCAUUGAGGAACUCUCUGUCUGAGAGCACAGGCCAGGUGAGUUCACAAACUGGCCAAUCUUAUCAAAACAUUAAAGGGGUCGUUUCGCGACGUCCUCGUCCAGAACCGCUCUUUAUACCCCCACCCAAACUUGGAACUUUCAUUGCCCCACCAGUCUACUCCACUAUCACACCUUACCAGAGCCACUUACGUUCACCUGUCCGAUUGAUCGACAACCCCCUCAACAUGCCGCCUUACACUCCUCCGCCCAUCCUCAGCCCAGUUCGAGAGGGUUCGGGUCUUUACUUUUCCACCUUUCUGUCGGCCGCCGCUGCAGCCGCAGCGAAUAAUCAGGGGCUGCCCCCACCUGCCACUCCAAAAUCUGCCACCCGUAGCCUCCUGCGCUCCAACAGCAUUGAUAUAACCCCUCCAGUUCUCUCUGCUAUGAGUGAGGCUACACCUGUCAGCAUUGAGCCUCGGAUAAACAUUGGAUUGCGGUAUCAGGCGGAGGUCCCAGAGCUGAGAGAGCGCUCUGCAGCGCAGCACAACCUACACAAGGCUGAACUGGUGUGGGCGCCACUGCCUGACCUGGAGGCCAACACUGAGCAACAGCAAAGAGUGGAUGACCUCAUGCACCUGGCGUGCUCGAGUGCGUUGCAUGGAGGAGGGACCAAUCAGGAACUGGCCAUGCACUGCCUGUAUGAAUGCAAGGGUGACGUCAUGGGAGCCCUCACCCUUCUGUUGUUAAAAAACCCCAUCUUUCCCAAAGCGCACCCUCUGGCUGGCUACCACUACUCUGGCUCUGACAGCUGGACGCCAGGGGAACGGCGUUUCUUCAACAAAGGCAUUACUACCUACAAGAAGGACUUUUUCAUGGUCCAGAAACUGGUGAGCUCCAAGACAGUGGCUCAGUGUGUGGAGUUCUACUACACAUAUAAGAAGCAGGUGAAGAUCGGCAGGAACGGAACACUCAUAUACGGAGAAGCAGAGCCACCAGAGACUAAACCCACAACAGAGGAGGAAGUGGACAAUAAAAGUUCACAGAAAUUCGAAUUUCGGAAAGAAGACGUGGAGAGCAGGAAGUGGGAAGGGUCAUGUGACAGGAAACAAGAAAACAGCCCGGGCAGGUUGACACAAUCGCUACAGGCCACUGAAAAUGCUGCUGCCAUCUUGGUCUUAAGAAGUCAGGAGGACAGCACUAGAGAUCCGUCCACAUUGGGGGUCAGUCAUCCUCAUCCUCCUCCUCCUCCUCCACCACAACCAACAUCUAAACCCCGCUCUGACACCACAGGCCGGAAAAGCACUGGCAAUACAGUAAAGGGACAAACGAACCAAGAGGGUGAAUUCCCCUGCAAGAAGUGUGGCAGGAUCUUCUAUAAAGUGAAGAGCCGCAGUGCCCACAUGAAGAGUCACGCCGAGGCGGAGAAAAAGGCAGCUGCGCUCCGGCAGAGGGAGGCCGAGCAGAGGGAGGCCGAGCAGCUGGCGGCAGCCGCCUUGUUGGCCGCCCAGCAGAACGGAGCGAUGGGGGAUCAGAGCAGAGCGAGGAGAGCCAGCAGCGACGACUCCUCAGAGGAAGAGGAGGAUGCAGAUGAUGAAGACUGGCACUAGCUAACAAUCUCUUUUGUAUGGCCGAGAAAAAACCUAUUUAUUUUUAUUUUACCAGCCAACAAGACCCAUCCCAAAAGAACAGUUUCAGGGACUGGCUUACUCCCGUAGAGUGUUCGUGUGAGUGCGUAUGUGUGUUAUGUGUACAUGAAACAGACAAAGAUGGAGACCGAUGCUGUAGAAGCAUUCAGGGGCUAAAUGUUCAGAUAUAGGGCUAUUGGGAGUGUAAGCCAUGCCAUCUCGGUGUGAAUGUGUGUGUGUGUCUAUAAUAUGCACUUUCGGACUCAUCCUACACACACUGAUCUGACCGCAGCACAUCUAUCCAGUGUCUGUGCACAGAACUCACUCACUGUUCUCCCGUGAAACGAACCAUUAUGGAUUCAGUGCUGUGGAAGUAGAAGGACACAGAAGCAAGUGUGCGUGUGUGUUUAGUCUUUUCCUCCUUUUUUCGAAAUGAAUACGACGGUAUCUUUCUCUUCCACGUGACUGCCAAACGCUUGCACAACUGCGCUUGUACGCCUGGUCUUGAUCUCCAGUGCUGUAAUUUUGGGCUUUCUGUUUUGAGUAUCUCAAAGGUGAAGUUAAUCCGGAAUGGAAAAUUCUGUCAUUUUCUCACCCUCGUGUCAUUCCAAACUGCCUUUUUUUUUUCUCUCU